CAAUAUUGCUCAUCCGUCACAAAAAUGGCUGCGCUCAGGGUGUUUAGCCGUAAUAUACCGUAUUUACGACAACAAUUUUCAGCAUUAUUGGGGAACACAUCACCGUCAGUUAAAUUUAUAUGUGUAGUUGUAAUUAUAGGAUAUGUGUUAUCGUAUUCAGAGUCUGUUGUUAAUGUUCUUAGUGUUACACCAGGGUUUUUGUUGCCACCUUCUUUUCAAUUGUGGUCUACUUUCACGUUCUGGUUUCUGGAGAUCCACUUGUGGGAAGUGAUUAUCGAUAUCGUGACGGUCGGUUUGUGCGGAAAACUAAUCGAACCAUUAUGGGGGCAAAUGGAAAUGAUGAAAUUCUUUUUCCUUACAAACAUUGGUGUUGCAUUUCUGACAACAUUUUAUUACUUGGUGAUAUAUGCAUGGACUCAAGACACAUCCUUGUUGUUCGACAUCCACGUACACGGGCUCGCAGGAUACCUCGCGGCCGUUAGUGUGGCUGUGAAGCAGAUUAUGCCUGAUCACUUGUUGAUAAAAACACCUUUGGGAAAGUUGACAAAUCGCUCUUUGCCACUACUGAUACUGAUUGCUGCCAUUAUACUGUGGGCGGUGGGAGCGUUGGAAGGCACCUACCCGUGCAUGUGGGGCAGUGGCACGAUCCUCUCAUGGGUCUACCUCAGGUUCUGGCAGCGACACAGCAGCGGUACUAGAGGAGAUAUGGCUGAUAACUUCAGCUUUGACAAUUUCUUCCCUACUGUGGUGCAGCCAGUGGUGCGAGCGGUACUUGGCCCACCGGCCCGUUGCCUGGCGAGGCUGGGCCUUUGCCCCUCGCCGCCGCGCCGCGUCACGCUGGCGCUCAGCCCGCGUGGCGUCACUAUCUCCAUGCCAGGCGUUGAACCACACGACAUGGAGAGACGACGGCAAAUCGCACUGAAAGCGUUGAGUGAGAGAUUAUCAAAGACGUCAGAGCAGACACGUCAAAAGAAUUUAUCGACCAAAGUGAACAUGGACGCUGUUAGGAAGAUGCAAGCGUCACAUGUGAUACCGCAGUUCCCCGCGGAGACCACAGAGCAGAAGCCGCCCUCUGUACCAGAGACAACGCUGGUCGACAUCAGCGCAGAACCAUUGACACCCACGACGAAGACCUCAUGAUCAACGUGACAUGUCCUAUUUUAAGUUGUUCACAGAACCAAUGUGGAAAUCAACAACAAUGUAAGUCAAUAAAGUUAUUUAUU